AUAUUAAGAAAGAAGAUAAUCAACGAAUUGAAAAUAUCAUUCGAGAAAAUCUUACAACAGAAGAUAUAUUAGCGGAUCCGGUAAAGUUGGCGCCACGGCAUUUUUAUCAAUCAUUCCAGGAUUUAGAUUAUAUUAAUAACUGUCAAAAAGAAAUUUUAAAUAAAUUUAUGAGACGUUUCUGGCAGCCAGUAACUUUUUAUUUUUAUGGUGAUAGUGGUGCAGGUAAAUCUAAUCUCGUUCAAAAGUUAUUUUCCAACGAGUUAUAUUCUAAAUCUAAGAAGCAGAAAUCAGGUUCGAGUUGGUGGGAUGGCUACGAUAAACAUGAAAUUGUUCUUUUUAAUGAGUGGUAUUCAGUGCUUGAUUGGAAUGAUGUUGUUAAAUAUUUGAAUGAUAUUCCAGAGAAUGUUGAGCAAAAAGGCAAGACAUUUGUGCCUUUUCUUGCCAAGUAUGUCUUUAUGACAUCUCACAAACCACCAGAAGAAGCAUUCAAUUUUCGUCGAGUCAAUAUAAAAGAUGAGACAUCAACUCAACGUGAUUGGGGGCAGUUCUAUCGACGUUUAGAUUAUAUUAUCGAGUUUAGAGGUAUGUGGCAUGAUGAGCUAGAUCAGCGCACCACCGAGCUCAUAUUUCACAAAGGCUCAGAGGAAGAUUUUCGCAACAUGCUUUGGGAUGUUAAAUAUGACGAGGGCGAGUAUACAUGUGAAGAGUUGAGAACUGUUAUUCAAGAGCUUAAUAAAGAUCAGGAUGGGGAAGUAAUUAUUAAGUCAGAUCAGGCAAGAGCUUUUGCAACAAUCGCAAUUAGUUCAAAAAGACCUAAUAAACGAUUGAAACGUCGAAUCGAACAAUUUAUAAACGAUUCGGAUCACGAUGAUGUAAAUAUAUCAAACUCUCGUAUGAUGCUUGAUGAUAAUUAUUUUGUUCAAAGACCUAUAGAGGUUAUAGAAAUGACCGAUGAGUAUGCCAAUAAUCAAGGUCGAUCAUGUUUAACACGGCGAGAAAUUAUAGAAAAGCAAAAUGAAGAAAGCCUUGAACCAUGGAUUGAUGGUGAUUAUAGAAUAGCUUUUUUAAAUAAUUUUAAGUUUAUUAAUGAUUUAACGAAUUAUAGUUUUGAGGGUAAGCGUGAAAUUAAAGAGUUAUUUUAUUUUGACUAUAAUAAGGGGUUUCCAAGUUUUGUAUUUUCUAAUUGUGAUAUUUUUGGUUAUAAAGUAUAUUUUAAAACUAAAUUAAUUUUAGAGUUUAACUCUGGAAAAGUUUAUUCUUAUAUUUUACAAAAAUUGAAUUUUCUCGAGUAUAAUAUGGCUAUUAUAAAAAUACAAAUGGCUAUCAAUCAAUUAAAGACGUUUGUUGAUACUGAUAUUGAGGCAGUACGUCAGAAGAUGCUUAACGGAUCUAUUACUAGUAACUACUUAACUGGCGAAGAGGAAGAGCUAAUCAAGACUAUUUCAGAACAAAUAGUCAGUUCAUCUUUGGAUAUUUUGACGGAUGAUGAUUUUGACGAUCGAGAAUACAAGAUUCAGUAUUUAUUUGAGUUAAAAGAGCGUAAAAAAGAAAAGUUUAAUAUUAGCGAUUGGAAAGCAACAAAUUAUAAUUUGUUAGCUAAUGAUGAACAACUUUAUUUUCAAAUUUUAGAAAAACAAUAA